AUGAGCUUGACUUCCAGAAUUACUGGUGGUACUGGCUCAGGCGUCAACCACAAUGUUGCAAAUCCAGCUCCUAAAUUAUCUGGAAAUCUUCCUCCUACACAAGAUCCAGCUCCCGUGGUUAACCAUUCAAGUUCCACACGAUGUUCCAGUGGGGCCUUGAUGAGUUUAUUAAACAGUGGAUUAUCUGUUCCUCGUCAAAUGAUGGUUCAGGCCCGCGGUGCACAAGAUAAUCAGCAUAUUCCCAUACAUUUAAGCUUUGUGGGAACUAUUGGACAGGGUACAUUUGGACAAAUUGAGAGGGCUACUCUCACUGUCCCAGCAACAUCUUCAGGCACACCAGGCAAAAAGAAUCCCGAUGCCGGUGCUUUUUCUGAUGGAGGACAAAGUUUGCAGGUUGCCGUAAAGCGUGUCUUGCAGGACCCUCGCUACAAAAACCGUGAGCUGAGUAUUAUGCAACGCCUUAACAACCAUCCUAAUGUUGUAAAGUUCUACUACUACUAUUACUCGACAGCGUCGUCAAAUAGUCGGGGCCAUAGAAGUGGUGGUGGACGUGCAGGCGCAUCUACAUCGGGUGUAGAUGUGUUCCUACAUCUUGUACUGGAAUGUUUCCCCGAGAGUUUAUGUGAACUCAUCUACCGCUAUUCCCAAAGGAACCUGAAAAUACCAUCUUGUACAGUGAAGGUUUUUACGUAUCAGAUGCUCAAGUCCCUGGCUUACUUACAUAGCCAUCAAAUAUGUCACCGUGAUAUCAAGUCGUCCAAUUUACUAGUCAAUGAAGAUACUAUGGUUUUGAAAGUGUGUGACUUUGGAAGUGCUAAAGAAAUGGUGCCGGGAACUGCUAAUGUAUCUUAUAUAUCCUCUCGGUAUUAUCGUGCUCCGGAGUUAUUAUUUGGAGCUCAAUAUUAUUCUUGUGCGAUUGAUACUUGGAGUGGGGGCACUCCUACUCCACAAGAUAUUGCCAGUAUGAAUCCAAUGUAUGGAUCUUACAAUUUCCCAGAUGUUCAAUCUUGCCCUGUAAAACUGUUUUUCCCACAGCAUACUCCAGCCGAUUUGUUGGCUCUAAUGAGCAAAAUGCUUGUUUAUAAUCCAUCACUAAGAAUUUUACCAUCUCAAGCUCUUUCCGAACCAUGUUUUGACGAACUUCGUUCUAUCGGUCCAAAUGGAGUACUUUCGAACAGAGUUCGUAUGCCUCCACAUAUCUUUGAUCCUGAUCCCGAACCUAAUCCUCCUACAUCAGUAACAGAUGGGACAAAUUUAUCAGCAUAUAACAAUUGGUUACCAGAACAUCAUAAGCAUGGCUCAUCCAACAAGAAACCGACCACUAGUGUGGGUGAUUUGCAAGGUUCCGAUAAGAAAAACUGUAAACCACCAUCGAACUCUCGAGAAAUUCCUGCUGAUUGGCAGCGAAAAGGUCGAGCUAUCGGAUCUAAUAAUUCAUCGGAAAAAUGUGGGUCAGUUAUUGCUGGUCCCGGUGGUGGUAGUCAUCCAAACCUGGAAUCAAAAUCUGACGAAUUAACCGGGAACACUAAUGGUGUAAAUAAUGAUUCUUCGAGUAGACAACAACAACAACACAAUCGAACUAAUAAUGAGAAUAAUCUUAAAAGUCCAAUCGAUACAACAAAAGCCGGGACGGCGACAACAGUUGAUGUUGGUCAUCCAAGUCAAAUAGAAAAUCCCGAUGUCUGUUGCAAUGAUAAUGAAAAUAAUAUUAAUAAUAAUAGCAUUACUACAAAUGUACACUUAAAAUCAUUUGUGCCUCCUACUCAUCCCAACUCUUCUGAACAACGGACAAAUUUAAGUGAAGUACACUAGAUGGAUAGAUAGAUCGAGAUAAACAUUUGCACAAAAAUCCACAUUACAAAAUUCAUAGUGUAAUUAUUUCUUGUCAUUUGAUAUAUCCUGCACACUGAGUCAUUUCAUUGACGACCAGCCUCAACAUUAGCGUCACUUGGUUAUCUUUCUGUUAACUAACAAAUUAUUUCUUAUGAGGAUAGUAGUACUUCGUAAAUAAACAAUCACCUUUUCUCUCUCCCUGUCUGCGCCCAAUUACUCGUCGAAUUACUUUGAUUUUUUCGUAUAUAUGUGUGUAUGUAUGUCUAGAAAAAGCCCACAAUAAAGGAAACCAACUAAAUUACACCAUACUCUUUUGUUGUUAUUGUCGUUUAAUAUUGAACAAAGUUAAUCCUGUUUCUCUCUCUCUUUAUUACAAAACACCUACGGUGACAUGGUUAUCAUCUGUUAUCUUCGCGACUGUUAGUUUUUCUUCCAAAAUAAUGGAUAUUACAAUCCACAUAUUUUUUGUUUAUCAAUUUAUGUAGGUAGUUGAGUGUAGACAACAAAAUGUUGAAUGGUAUUGUGUUGUAUGCAUUGUUUAUUGUUUCAAAACUGUAGAACCUUUCUCUUCCAUCAUUUUCUUCUAACUUCUUUUUCUGACUAAUAUGAUUCCAAGUAAUAAGUUUACCUCAUAGGAACAAUCUCUCCUGGGUUUUUUCUCCCGUUUGUGUGUGUUUAUUUUUACAAUUAGAAUUAGUUAUGUUAUAUAACAUUAUUCUGUAUUUUCGUAACUACUUUAACAACCCAUUAAUUAAUAUGUAAAUAUACAUACAUGUAUGUGUUCAUUCAGUUCACGACUUCUUUCUUGAUUGUUUUUCAUUUGUUACACUGUGUUCCGAGGUCCCUUUCUUCCAUUCUACAAUCUGUCCAUUUUUUCCUCUUACUUUAUCCCAUCUCUUAUUAUUAUUCAGAAUCAUUUCUCUAGGUGUAUGUUGUUUAUUCACCUCACUUCGUUGUGUUUUAGUUCUCUUCAAAGGAGAGAAAAGAAAAAGAAGAAAGAAACAGGCUUAUAGAGUGGUAGUAAAAUAUUUUUUGUCUAUUUUUUUUAAAAUUUUAGAUCUUGGUUGCUGUCUAUCUACCAGUUCCAUUUUUAAGAAUAGAACAUUUCAUGUCAAUAUAAUAAUAAGUAAAACCCUAUACAUUUCUUGAUCUGAUUAGUUACAGUUUUAUAGAUCUUAGGCAAUUACAUGUUGAUCUCCUUUCAUAUUAAAUAUAUUCUUCUCAUAUUGUAAUCAAACCUUAUUCGAUAUAAAUUGCGGUGGGGGAGGGUCGGAGAAGAGAAAGAAAGAUAACUGGUUGAUUGAUCGAUCGAUUAUGUCGCAAUAUUUGUACUUCACUUUUUACAAUAAUGUGAAUUUCUGGAUAUUUAUUUUGCAUGUUCUAUACAGAAGUAUCUAUGAGUGUAAAGGUGAUUGUUUUGUGAUUUUUUUCUAUUUCCUAUAUCUUCUUUACUGCCUAUUUAUUCAUUUUAUAGACACACACACUUGUAUGUAACCAUUUCACUGUUCUUUUUUUAAAAAAAAAAUUCUAUUCAAUUAAAUUAUCUGGUUUUUCAUUGUCCUUUUUUUCCUGUUAACAAAAAGUUGUAUUUGAGUUCUUUUGUUUGUUUGUUUGUUUUUUAAAAAAAAUGGAGUUAGGAUAGAUUAUGGGAUUGUUUUUGGACUGUUUUGUAAUUCAACAAAAUACCAUAGCAACUAAAACAUAUAGUUUAAAGAGAAAAAUAAAUUUUCUUUACUAUAACAAACAACACAAUGAAUUGUGUUGUGUAUAUGUUUUGGCCAUAGAUUAGAAUUGUUUAUUAUUGUUAUCGUUUGAAUUUUCUUUUGGUUGCUGUGCAUCUUAUCAGCAUUUUUUUUCGUUGUUAUUGCCUUAAUUGGUUUAUUUUAUUUCUUGAGAUUUUUCUGAUUCACCAAGCUGGUAUGCGUAUGUACACGAUAGAUGAUGUAGUAUGUAGGCAACGUUUCUAUUGUCCAUGUCAUGAUAGUGUUUAGUUCUCUUAUGGAUGUGUAUGUCUGUUUACAUUAUCCAUGUUGAAGAGUUUUGCUAAAUUUAAUGAACAUGAAGUUGAUAGGGUAAUUUCUUUUUUUUUUCUUUUUUGGAGAAUAGUUUUAUAUAUGUGUAGGAACGAUUUGUUGUCUGUAGGUUUUUUUCUUUCUAUUCCCUUUCAUGUACUUCUGUUUCACAUGUAGUAUAAACGUUUUUUUUUCUUUCACUUUACUAACUUGUGUUUUAUGACUUUCUAACUGUUGGUCUUUAUGGAGAUUCUUAAUGCUUGUAUUAUUAUUCAGUCUAAUUACUGAUAUAUAUACUUGUAAAAUGUACAAGAUUAUUUGUUUUGUUUUAUUCAUGUGUUUCCUUUAUUCUCUCUUCAUCUUUUUCUGGCAAAAACGAAUACAUACAUAGAUUAAUAUGAACACAUACUUGUCUUUAUAUUUGAUAUACGUAUCAUAUCUAUUUAUGAUUAUAAUAAUGUCAAGUUGAUAUGUCAAAUAUGAGCAAUGUUCUUUAUCUUCCAUUGUGUUAAGUUCUCAGGAGUAUUUUAUUGUAUGUGUUCAUUUAUUUUACAUGAGUAAAUAGUUCAGUGUCUUCUUUUUUUCCUUCUUCUUCACUAGAUGAUUGAAUUUCUUUUCCAUCAUUAAUGUCAUUUUCUGAUCAUAUUUUGUAUGUGUACAUCUAAAUAAGAGAAAAAUAAAUCGACUAUCUUUUCUUCUUCUUCCUCUUCUUGUAAUCAUUUGUUUGAUUCCCUUCUUUUUGUCUUUUAUAUGUUCUAUUCUGAAAUAUAUAUAAAGUAAGUAAAUAAUGUUUGUCUUAUAGUACAUUAGUUUUAUUGUAUGUUAUCAGUUUGUUUGUUUGUUUUUCUUUUCAUUCUUCUUGUAUCGCUCAAUUGUUUAGAAACAUUGAAUAAUUUAAGCGUAAUAUACCUCUCUCUCUCUCACACACACACACAUACACUCUCUACCUACCUAUCUGUCACUUUCUCAGUAUAUAUUGUCAAAGAAAUUAUUUUGACCAUUAAUUUGUUUAUAAUAAACGAUAUACAUAUAUAUAUGCCUAACUAGUAAAAGAUCAACUAUGCAUUCUAUAUGAUAGACAAGAUUUCGUUAAAUAUCAUUAUAAUUGAUAGUACUAUUUGUAUAUCUGUGAAUAUACAAUAAGAAUAAUAGAUCAUCAAUCAAUCAGUUAUUGCUUUCAAUAAAGUUUCCUACUUUA